GUUCGCUGUUACAAUUUAUUUAUUUUGUUAUUUUAUAAAAUAUAAAACAAUGGAAGAUGUCCUUGUACUAAAAGAUUAUAAAACUGUUCCUGACAUAGUUCACGAAUACGCCCCAACUGUUAAAUUUGGACACAUUCCCUUAGUUAUAGACAAUGGAUCUUACCAAUGCAGAGUCGGUUGGUCAAUCAAUGAUGAUCCUAAUCUUAUAUUUAAAAACCUCAUUGCGAGGCCUCGAAAAGACAGAUGCAAAAAAGACGCCGAACCACCGGUAACACCGCCAAUACAAAUUGGAAAUGAUAUUAUUAACAUAGAAGCCGUCAGAUUUCAGCUAAAAACCCAGUUUGAUAAGAAUGUAGUGACUCAUUUUGAAGCUCAGGAGCUGGUCUGUGACUACAUAUUUUCGCAUUUGGGCAUAGAUAAUGAUGGAAGUGUUCCGCACCCCAUUGUUAUGACUGAAGCUUUCGUCACCCCGAAUUAUUGUAGACAAUUAAUGUCUGAACUUUUAUUUGAGGGCUAUGGAGUGCCGGCUGUAAGUUAUGGUGUGGAUUCUUUGUACAGUUUCUACAAGAAUGACAUUGGAGAUUCCGGAUUGAUUAUCAACUGUGGAUAUCACACUAUUCACAUUAUACCUGUUAUUAGAGGAAAUGUUAUAGCAGAGCAUGCUAGAAGGAUUAAUUUAGGUGGCAGUGAAAUGAUAUUCUAUUUACACAAGCUACUUCAACUCAAGUAUCCAGUUCAUGUAAACGCUAUAACCAUGUCUAGAAUAGAGGAAAUACUCCAUGAGCACUGCUCCAUAGCUCUCGACUACCAGGGGGAGAUACGGAAAUGGAGUAGCCCCGAUUAUUACGAGGCAAAUGUGAAGAGAGUUCAGCUGCCUUUUGUUCAGCCUGCUACUUCAGGAUUGACUGCUGAACAACAAAAAGAGAGAAAGAAGGAGAUGGCUCGACGUCUUUUGGAAAUUAACGCCCGGAAGCGAGAGGAAAGACUUGCCGAGGACGAGGAACAGCUGAAUCAACUCCUGAUUAUUCAAGAAUUAAUUGAAGAAGGCAGCAUUGAUGAAUUCAAUGAAGCUAUAAAGAGUUUUGAAAUUAAGAAUUUUGGUGAACUACAGAAACAAAUAGCGAACCUCCACGCUCGCAUCGAGAAGAAUAAGCAGCGUAUAGCGGCCGCGGCGAACAAUGAGGAGCCGCUAGAGCCGCGCCCCAGCGGCCGCAUGCAGCCGCCCACUGACCCGGACGCCUUCCAAGUGUGGCUUGAAGAUACCAGGAAUAAGUAUCGCGAGAUAAUGUCACGUCGCGAGGCGCGGCGGGCGCGGCGCGCGGCGACGGUCAAGCGGCGGACGGCGGCGGCGGCGGAGCGCAUGCGCGCCAUCUCGCGACUCGCAGCCGCGGGGGACGACUUCGGCGCCAAGGAUGAGGACUGGGACGCUUAUAAGAGCUUGAGCCGCGACGCGGACUCGGACUCGGAGGCGGACGGCGAGCGGCUAGUCGAGCUGGAGGAGGCGCUACGAGAACACGAGCCGCAGCGGCCGUCAGAACAGCACCACCAGCUGCACCUGGCCAUAGAGCCUCUCAGGGCACCAGAAUUGAUGUUCCAACCGUCGAUGAUGGGCAACCUGGAAGCCGGUCUACACGAGACCAUGGAAUACGUGUUCAAACACUUCUCCCCCGAAGACCAGCUGCUUUUGGCGAACAACGUAUUCCUAACUGGCGGCUGUUCACAAUUUCCAGGAUUGAAAGAGAGACUAGAAAGAGAGCUACUAGAAAUGAGACCCUUCCAAUCCACCCACAAGGUUGUCAUGGCAACGAAUCCAAGUUUGGACGCUUGGUACGGCGCACGGGACUUCGCAUGUAGCAACGAGUUUGAGAACUGGUGUAUCUCCAAAGAAGAUUACUACGAAAUGGGUGGAGAGUAUUUGAAGGAACAUCACGCGAGUAAUCGGUACCAGAAGAGUCCAGCGCCCAUCGUAUUAGAUAAUGCUUUAGCGCCCGCCGGCGACGCCAAUGUACUGAAGGAGGAAAUCGUUGUAGAUUGCUGAAUGAGUAAAUGGUUUG